GAUAUUUUGAGUAGAUACGUGGUGUAACGGCAGUAGUUUGCUAUAAACUAUAUGAUUGUUACACCACCUAGUUAUUGGCAAAAGCUCGCUGCAAUAUGGCGGAUGCCGGAGGAAGAGACGUCCAAGAAGAGAAUGGCGGUGAUAUGGCCGAAGGGCAACGAAAAAUGUCUGAACCAGCCCUACCUCUAAACAAUCAUCAAGCACAGAAAAGUGAAGCGUCGAAGAAAUCAUUGAAAAAGAAAGUGGAAGUGUUGCUUAAAGCUGCUGGAGAUGCCCCUAUUAUGGUGAAGAAGAAAUGGGUGGUGGAUGGAUCAAAACAAGUGGCAUAUAUUAUAGAAUUUAUUAGGAAGUACAUCAAAUGUGAGCCACAAGACUCAUUGUUUGUUUAUGUAGGUCAGUGUUUUGCACCAACUCCUGAUCAGACAUUACAGAACUUAUAUGAUUGCUUUGGAGCUGAUGGAAAGUUAGUUCUUCAUUACUGUAAGACACAAGCAUGGGGAUGACAGAAAGUGUAUAUAAAGUAAAACUUCUAAUUGUUUAACAAUCAUAACAUUUUUAAUAUACUUGUAUUAAAUAAUGCUCAUUGUUCUCUAGUUAUGAAUUUCAACACUUGAGCUCUGAAAACUGUGACAGCAAGGAAAUGUCAUUUCAUAACUGUAGGCUUCUUUAGUGAAGUAAAGUAUACGGUAAAAUUUUAUAAGUAAUGUUUAGGUGAUCGUUUAGGUGAUGGACCGUCACAAUAAAGUAAAACUCCACCCUAUAACUAACCUGCAGUGCAGGCAUAUUUUGGGCAUGCGAUUGCACAUUUUCUUAUUAGGCCACCAUCUUGGAUUUUGUAACUGUGGAGGAUAGGGGCAAGGGAAAAUUUGCCCCAACCCUCUACUGGUCAAAGCAUCCAAUAACAAUCCAAGAUAGCAGCAUUGAAAACCUGGUUUAUCUAGCGUUCUGUUCCAAAAUAAUCCCUGCACUUCAGGCUUGUUCCACUACCCGACUACCACCUGCCGACAAGAUUGUGGUUGUCAGGUUGAUGUGGUUAAAUCUCCCCCUCCUACAAUACGAUAAUAAGGUGAAUGUCAAACGAUCUGUCAAAAUAACAGAGUUUUAAAUGUCAUUCAUCUUCUGUCUCUCUCACCCGGGGAUUUGGCUGAGGGCAGGAGAUGACCGACAUUUCAGGCUAGAGAAAUGUAAGUGGUGACAGUUUUUGUGUAAAAUGAAUAACAUGUAAAUAUUUUCAGUUGGUGUUUUGAAGUGAAGUGUAAUCAUUGUCUAUCAAAAUUGUCACAUGUAAUAGUAAGGAGACAACUAUAAUAGGCAGCUGCGUAGGUUGUUAUUUUCUAGAGAAGUUCCUGAACUGUGAAAAUGAUCACAUGGCUUCCUACUUUCAAAAAUGAGAAUUCUCUGGUAAUAGCAUUGCAUAGUAUCAAAAUUAUGACUUUUGUAAAGUUCAGUUGAAUGUCCUGCUGAAAUUUAUGAAUCUAUGACUUACUGCACCUUUUAAUAAGAUGCAAACUUUGUUCAAUUUUGCUGCCAUCGAUCAUCUUAGCAGACCUCCCAGGAAACAGAUGUUUACUUCAAGGGGUUUAAAAGGUCACAUCUGUGGGUUAUGAUUGGUAGAUCUUGAUCCAUUUUGUUUGUUUUUUCAAAGUUCAUUGGUUGUCAUUGUAAUGAUGAUUGACUGUGGCCAAAAGUGCAACCAUUGUUUUUAGUCAGGUUUUGAACUGCAGAGUUUACAUGGUAAAGGCUCAGUAAGUUAUUUGCAUUACUACUGGCUAUUUACAUAUUUCCUUACUACAUCAUACCUUUGGGGAGAAAAAGUAUACUCUAGUAUUUUAGGGAAUAAAUCGAUGAUGAAUCAAUGCACUUCAAGUGCAGCAGUCAUUUUACCUCUGAAUAGAGUUAUUUCCUGAUUCAGUCCCGGACAAUUCUUGCAUGUUUUUACAGUGUGACUCUACUUGAUUUGGGCCUUUGGAAUAAAACUGACCAAUCAAAAUGGUAACUGAGAAAAAUGAAUGCCGAUCCUUUUUGCAAUCAAGCCAAUAUGUGGAAGCACUACAUUAAAAUUUAAACCAAGGAUUCAAGACAAGGAGAGGUCUGUUAUCCUUGAAUUUAUACACCACUUAUGCCUCUAUGUGGUAUACAUUUUUGUGGCAAAUUAUCACAAAUUAUUACUAAUUUUACUUCAAAAAUUUAGCUGGAAAACUUGCAUUGAGAUGGCCAAACCAAAACUGCUGAAAACUUCUUGAAAGUUAGAAUUUAUUAAAACUAGCCAAUCAGAAAAUGACAGCAUUUCCUGAAUGAUCCGCAACAUCUGCAACUCCGUUGGGUAUCAAUUUCUUUUUGUAGGACAGCAGUUUGCAUUCUGUAACAUCGUAGAACAUGGGUCACCAUCCCUUGUUCUCAAAUCAUGUGAUUUGUUAACUUUGUUCCAACUGGUCUAGCCUGCAUGGCUGGCAUUCAAAGGGGAGAGAGAGGGGGAAACUUGAAGUCUGUGAAGCACGAUCGGGUUUCUCUCCCCUUCUGAAUACCUACCACGCAGGCUACAUUACUGGUCCAGCUCAAGCAGUCACACUAUAAUGACUAACUGUGGUCUGAAAUGAAACAAUAAACGUGUUAGUACAUUAGCCAUUAGCAACACGAUUUAUAAAGUAUUUUAUGAAAAGAAAAUCUAAUAAAAUCGAAGAUUGGA